AUGGGUAUCCUCCGGAAUCCGUUCGGAUUAUUCCAAGACUUUCUGGCCAACUGCUUCUAUCAUUACGGACUGUUAAUAUGCCGCCGCCCACGUCUUUUCACUCUCGGCCCUCUUCUUCUCACCAUCGUCUUCUCCUUCGGAAUCCUGAACAUGCGCAUUGAAGUGAGUUUCUGCUGCCCGGCCGUUCCGUAAUCUGAUUAUGUAUUCAGGAUGAUUUGCGUUUUCUGUACUCUCCCAAACAGUCGCUCUCUCGGGUUGAGUACCAAGUACACAAAGAAUUCAGUGGAGACUCGAAGAACAAGUGAGUCUUUUCUCUGUGCCGAUGCACCAUGUCCAAUUGCAGCUCUUUUGUGGCCAUCACUAUUCAAACAAACUCCGAGGAUAAAAACUUACUCAAGAAAGAUUUGGCACAAAAAUUGAUUCAACUGAACAAAUAUGUACUUGAAAAGAUGAAUGUGCAAGUGGAUGGAAGAACUGUAAGCGAAUUAUCUUAGAAUUAUGUUUAUAAAUGUGAAAUUAAAUAUGAUUUCAGAUUAAUUUCGGUAAGGAAGUGUGCUCCAGAAUGAAGCAAUGCGAGCUGAGUAACACAAUUGCCACAAUCUUCUUGGACACGUUUUGGAGUGAAAAAGUAAAAAAUAUUUACGAGAUUUGCAAUAACUUGUGACUAUUUACAGCUCCGCAAAGAUCCGCGAAUUCAAAUCGAGUACCCGACAAUGAAGUUUUUCGACAACAAGUUCUUCCUUCCAACGCAUUUCUACGGAGUCAAGACCGGAGGGCCUCUGGGCAUUCAGAGCAUCGACAUGAUCCAUUUCAUUUAUCAGAUUCCCGCUUAUAACGAGGUUAGACCCAAGCCAAUUGAAAUAAUUGAAACUUAAAAUGACAUUUUGCAGCAUACUUCCGAAGAAAUGUCAAAGAUCUUCGAGAUAUCACUGAAUGCGGUUCUCGACAAUCAGGCCACUUUCGACACUUCAAUGUUCAGUCUGUCGAUUCUCAAGGUCAUUUGACAAUUAGAAAAGAUUGGAAACUGGACAUUUUCAGGAUGAAAUGCAGAAAAAUGCCACGUACACGAUGCCGUUCAUCUCGCUCACGGUCCUUCUUCUACUCUGCUUCACAGUUGGCUCAUGGUACGUGAAUGAAUCCAUAAGGUCUUACAGACACUUUUAACUGGAAUUGCAGCAUGACUGACAACUGGGUCACCUCUAAACCCAUCGAAGCAAUGAUCGGAAUCCUCGUUUCGUCGAUGGCGAUAGUCUCUGCCGGAGGUUUACUCUUCGCCCUGGGCGUUCCGUUCAUCAACCAGGUCACCGUGAUGCCCUUUAUUGCGCUGGCGAUCGGAGUGGACGACGUCUACGUGAUGCUCGGUGCGUGGCAGGAUACGAAGAAGUCUCUGUCGCCCGAGAAGCGAAUGGCUCUGGCGCUCGCAGAAGCCGGAAGCGCCAUCACAGUCACCUCGAUCACUUCCGUCCUCUCUUUCGGAAUCGGAACGUUCUCAACCACUCCAGCCAUUGCAAUCUUCUGCCAGUUUAUCUGCGUCGCCAUAAUGUUUGAUUGGUUCUACCAGUUGACAUUCUUUGCGGCGGUGAUGGCGAUGGGCGCGAAACGGGAAGCAGCUGGAUAUCAUUGUGUGUUCGUUUGGAAACGAUGCAGCCGGGAGGAGAUCGAGAAGGGGAAGAGCGAGAAAGCAAUCUCUCCGACGAGAUACUUCUUCGAAAACUACUUUGCGCCGGUCAUAUGUCAUCCUUUCGUCAGAAUAUUUAUGGUAGUAAAGAGAACUGAUUAGCUCCGUGACGUUCUCAUUUCCAGCUCAUUCUCUACGUCGUCUACAUUGCCAUUUCAUUCUACGGAUGCUCCCAACUCAUUCCCAAUUUGACGCCUUCUCGUCUAGUCGUCGACGAUUCUCCACUCAUUCCAUACCUUCAUCUGGCCGAGAAUAAGAUUUGGGCGGAAGGAUUGAUCGGAAGAAUUUAUGUGAACAAUGCUCCAGAUUUCAGUAAACAGCCUGAAAAAGUUGGUGAUAAACGAGAAAGAGUAGAAAAUGGGAAGAUUUGCAGGUGGAAAGAAUGCUGGAAAUGGUGCGCGAACUGGAGUCGACUCCGUAUUCAAUGGGACCCAAUUCGACAAAUUUCUGGCUGACAGACUUCAACAAUUACAGACAGUUCUUUUUCCAAGAGGAUGCAAAGUAAGAACAUCUUACCUUCCCCCUAUACUAACUUGUUUUCGUUCCAGAUUCUACGAAACUCUAAAAUCGUUCCUCCAAGUUUCAUUCAACAGUCAUUGGGAGACUGACCUCGUUUGGAACACUCCGGACAAAUCAUCAAAAGUGACCUACUCUUUCUCUCUCUCUUCCUCUUACUCUAUCCCAAAACAAUUAUCUUUGCAGGGUGGAACGAAGGUUGACAAGUUUGUGUUUACAACGGCGUUCAAGAUUUCCGAUUGGAAUGUCCGAACGUCCCUUUUGCUGACGUGGAGAAACAUUACUUCAAGAUAUCCAGAGUUCGAAGCACUAGUUUUCGACGAGAACAACUUCUACAGUGACCAGAUGCUCGAGCUGCAGUCGACGAUCCUCUCCUCCCUCGGCACGGCCAUCCUCACCCUCAUCACCGUCUGCAUUCUGUUCAUCGCCGAGUCUUCGAUAGUCUUCUGGGUCGUCUGCACUCUCAUUUCCAUGGACAUCGGCACUGCUGGCUUCCUUUCUCUUUGGGGAGCCGACUUGGAUCCGACAACUGUCGUUAACAUACUUGUGAGUACUUCUAACCGCUACCCAAAAUGCCUUUUCGUUUUUUAAGAUGUCCAUCGGUCAGUGCAUCGACUUCGCCACGCAUGUCGGCUACCGAAUCUACCGAUCCGAGCAUUCUGACCCAGACGAACGGAUCAAGGACGCUAUGGGAGCGAUCGGAUGGCCAGUCGUCCAAGCCGGCUGCUCCACACUUCUGGCUAUUGUCGUGAUGCUCGCGGUUCCCUCCUCGGCCGUGCGAAUGUUCGCGCGAACAAGUGUGCUCGUCGUGGGCACCGGCUUCUUCCAUGGACUCCUUAUCCUUCCGAUCAUCAUCCGAUCUUUCGCAACGAAUGCGAAAGCGCACGUUCCAACUCAUCCCCAUUAG